CCCCUUUCCUCUCCCCUCCCUGUGAGCUCCCACAUUACAACCAUGCAGAUGAACCCAGUGCUCAUGGAGUCCGCUGUGGUCCUGGCGGUGGUGCUGUGUGUCCACAUGGUGGUCUGGAACCAGCACUCCUGGUGCAGCGUGGCCCUCGUCAUUCAGGCUUUCUACGUUCAGCACAAAUGGGACCGUCUGCUCAAGUCCGGGGCCGCCGUGUUCCAGUUCCGCCCUGCGGCGAACAGCGGCAUCGUCCCGGCCUCCAUGGUCAUGCCUCUGCUGGGUCUGGUGCUGAGAGAGAAGUGCUCCGCUUCGGGGAACGUCUACUUCGAGCGCUUCUCCAUGGUGGUCACCGUCGCGGGCAUGAUGCUGGCGCUGUUCCUCUCCCUGAUCGCGCUGGGCAUCACCAGACCCGUGCCCACCAACACCUGUAUCGUGGCGGGGUUGGCUGGCAGCGCCAUCCUCUACACCACAAAGCAGACCCUGACGGUGUCCGAGGUCAUCGAGGUCUUGGAGGUCCUGCUGAUCUUCGUUUACCUCAGCCUGAUCGUGCUCUACUUGCUGCCGCGCUGCUUCACCCCCGGGGAGGCGCUCCUCAUCGUCGGCGGGAUCAGCUUCAUCAUGAACCAGCUCAUCAAGCGCUCCCUGAACCUGUCGGAGGUCAAAGGAGAUCCGGUGAACUACUUCCUGCCGGUUGUAGUGGUGGGCUCGCUGCUGCUGGGGGUGUUCUUCGCUCUGCUCUUCUGCUUCAUGGAGUCUGAAACGUGGGUUUCCUCCCUCUUCUUCCACAUGAUGACGGCCGUUCUGGUUCUGGGCAUCUUGAUGCCGUGGCUGUCCCUGUUCAUCGGCCGGCACCCCAUCAUGUGGCUGCUGGACUUCGUCACGCUGAACGACAGGAGACUCUGUUUGCUGGGUUACUGGGUGUUCCUGGCCGUCGCGGCCACUUGUGUCGUGUUGCACCAGAACCACCAGCGCCAGUCAGGGUCCAAGAAGCACCAGGCCUCGACGGUGGUCAGGAAGUACUUCCACCUGAUUGUAGUGGCCACAUAUGUUCCGGGCCUGGUCUACGACCGGCAGCUGCUACACGUGGCGUCUGUGGGCUGCUUGGCCGUCUUCUUGCUCUUGGAGUACGUGCGUUACUUCCGCAUCAGGCCCCUCGGUCAGCUGCUCCGGCAGCUGCUCACCUUGUUCCUGGACGAACGGGACUCCGGGCCCCUCAUCCUCACCCACGUCUACCUGCUGCUGGGCAUGUCUCUGCCCAUUUGGCUGUUCCCCGGACCCUGCGCCCCUAAGGGGGUUCUUCCCGGGGCAGGUGGGCUGGUGCCCUACGCGGGCGUGCUGGCCGUGGGAGUCGGAGACACCGUGGCGUCGGUGUUCGGCAGCACCAUGGGGGAGAUCCGUUGGCCCGGCACGAAGAAAACCUUGGAAGGGACGGCGACGUCCGUGUUCGCCCAGAUCAUCGCCGUGGCCAUGUUCCUCAUCUUCGACGGAAGCAUCAACCUGAACUCCACCUACUCGUGGAUCGUUGGCUCCAUCACUCUGGUGGCCCUGCUGGAGGCCUACACCUCCCAAAUAGACAACCUCCUGCUCCCGCUCUACCUCUUCAUCCUGCUGCUACUUUGAACCAACAAAUCUCACAGUUGUGAGAAAGCUCAAAUGGUAGAGUGGGGAUAGAACGUUCCCUUCAGGACUCGUGGAACAUUGUAGAAACACAGUUAAAGCCUUCAGCUCAAUAAUUUGAUCUGCUUGUAUUCAGCAGUAGGUGGUGAUUUCUCAUUAAAGUCUGGUCAUUUAAAAAAAAAAGUCUUCUUUGCAAAAACGACUUGCAGUGAGGCGUCUUUUCACAGGGUUUUUAAGAAAUGUGAGAAACUCGGUUGCUAAAUAUUCUCUGCGCUCAGUGUUGGUGGCGGUGUAGCUUUCCAACCUGACCCCAAAGUGCUCGACCGCUGACACCUGCAUCUCUUAAAUUAUGCAACAGGAGAGUCAGUUUAGCAAAGUGGGGAAAAAUGUCCUUGAAACACAACUCUUUAGUUAGGUUCACUAAGUUUUUAGUCCUGUGUUGUUGUUGUUGUUUUUGGCAAACGAUCUAUGCCCGUGUAUUGCCUACGAAGAACAAUAUUUAACGUUUUGUCGCCUAAUCAACUCUAUGAGAGCAACACAAAGAACUGAAAAGAUUUGCCUUAAAAUGUAUUUUCCAUCACUUCUGAUUAUCAUACAAGCUGUAGGGCCACAAGAAAAAAAAAAAAAAAAGCAUGGCAGUCUCACUCAACUAUUCUUUGUAAGGGCUGAUUCUCUCUCUGCUCCUGCAUGACACUAAUGUGAAUACAGUACUGUAACAUGUAUAUGCAGGUAUCCUAGAGUAUAUUUUGGGUUCAAAUUUACUUUGUUGAGUAUUUUCUUUGUGGUUUGAUGGAAACUUUUUAAACAAAAAAGUACAUUUCCUUCUAACAUGGAGCCCACAAACCAGGUUGUAUAUUUUUGGACUUUGUAAGAAGGCUUUGGGCCAAACUUGUGAAUGAAAGCCUUUUUACUUUUGACAACUUAUUUCUGUCAUUUUUAAAAAUGCUUUAAAAAAAUACGCCUUUCAAAUGUCACAGCUCCUUUAGAAGUUUACAUACACUUUUUAGGGGCAUGAAUGUGUUGUUUAUUUUGGGCUUUUAUUGAUUUAUUUGAACUGUUCUCUUCUGACUUUUAAGCAGAAUUUCUAAUAAAACUGAGGUUGAGACUUUA